GCUGCGGGCGUCGGUCCGGAGUUUCCGUCGCGUAUCUGCAUCGCGGCCGUCUGUAAGGCCCAGUUGCCCGAUAGGAAGCUAGCCAAAGCAGUGACACGAUAUGUUAGGUAUCUUGAUCGUCCAGAAAUCGGGCGUCUUCUGCAGGGCACAGAAGCCGGUAUCCUUUUUGACCUUGACCAAGGCUCGGGCAAUCCCGGCCGUGAGCUUGUUGGAACCCAAUCGCCGCUCUGGCGGCGGGCAACUCAAUUGCGGGGCGGAAAAGAGCUGCAUCGACCGACCUCACUCACGUGCUUCUACAACAUGCAAAUGUUCAAGUAUCUGCGCCCGCACGGUAUUCGGUUGUAACCGCCUGUUUCCGCUGGGCAUAGUAAAGCUAUCGAGAGAUUUAAAUUCUGCCGCCGAGUUCAGUAGCUCUGCUUUCAAUUGUCGUUCUGGGCUGCGAAAAACACGCAUUCUAUUGACAGUCGGAGUUGCUGCGAAUACACCAUUUACGAGCGAAAACCCAGACGGUUCAUUUGCCGUGGUGCCCCACUGAGGAUAUUGUCCCUCAACAACUUCGCUGUUCCCAACUGGUCAUAACCCGCCGCUCUACAGGACACCCCGCCUCCGCCAUGCUGAGAAGGCUAUAACGACGACGUCUCAGCCUGCGCAGCUUUCACUUGCACCGGAUUAUAUACCCUUUCGCUUGUCUCCCCGGUCAAUGACCUCAAUUGAUCUCCUGCGCUUCCUCUCCAAGCCCGCAAAGCCUCGAUAGCACGAUUCUUGACCGUUAACCCUCACCAGAUCUCGCGCUUGCUCGAUCAUCCAAUCCCAGUCGCCUGUCCGAGCUUGCCACUGC